AUGCCCAAAGUCGGAAAGCCAAAGAGUAAACGUGUUUCAGUACGCCUUCGUCACAAAAUCGAGAAAGCUUCAGUUGCAAAACAAAAGAAAGCUCGUAAGGAAGGGAAGAAAAAUCCAGAAUGGCGAUCGCGUUUAAAGAAGGAUCCUGGAAUUCCAAACUUGUUCCCAUAUAAGGAUAAGAUUUUGGCAGAGAUUGAGGAAGGAAGAAGGAGAAAGGCCGAAGAUGCUGCGAAACGACGAGCUGAUGCGAAGGCUACCAAGACUGGUGAACAAGUUGAGAGAGAGGUAGAGGCCAGAAUGGAAGGUGUUGAUGAGGAGGAUAUUGAGCUCAUGGAUGAGGAUGAAGAAAUGGACGACGAAAUUGAUGAAUCUAAUCCUAUGGCAGCUUUACUUGCCAGUGCUAAAGCCGCAGCAGCGCAAUACGAGGAUGACCUUAUUAGUGGAGAUGAGAUGGACGAAGAUGAAGAAUCAGAAUCGGAAGAUGAUGAAGCAUUCGAUGGUGUUAAGCUUUCUGGGUUACCUACACGAAAAGAUGGAUCCAGAAAAGCUUUCGACAAAGUUUUCAAGCAAGUCGUUGAUCAGGCAGAUGUUGUUCUCUACGUUCUCGAUGCUCGCGAUCCCGAAGGUACUCGAUCGAAAGAAGUCGAGCGUAUGGUUAUGGCCGCUGCAAGUGGUGGAAAGAGAUUAAUUCUUAUUCUCAACAAAAUCGAUCUUAUUCCUCCUCCAGUCCUCAAAGCAUGGCUCAUUCACCUCCGAAGGUAUUUCCCCACCUUGCCCUUACGAGCCUCUGGUCCAGCGGCAAAUGCACAUACUUUCAAUCAUAGCCAAUUGACUGUGAAGAGUACAUCACAAACACUUUUCAAGGCUUUAAAAUCAUUCGCCGCGGCAAAACAGCUCAAGCGCUCCGUUUCCGUUGGUGUUAUUGGAUAUCCUAACGUUGGAAAAUCUUCUGUCAUCAAUGCCCUCACAUCUCGUCUUGGUGGUGCUGGUGCAGCAUGUCCAGUUGGUGCUGAAGCAGGUGUUACUACAUCUCUUCGAACUGUCAAGAUUGAUAGCAAAUUAACGUUACUUGAUUCUCCUGGUAUUGUUUUCCCAACUGCUGGUGAUUCCUCCAAGGCGUCGAAAAUUGAAGAACAAGCCAGACUUGUUCUCCUGAAUGCUAUUCCCCCUAAGCAAAUUGAAGACCCUGUCCCUGCGGUUACCUUAUUAUUAAAGAGACUGAGCGCUUCUCAAGAUAUGCUCAACAAACUUAUGGAUGUCUAUGGAUUACCACCAUUGGUUUCCGUAAAUGGCGAUUCAACCUCAGAUUUCUUGAUUCAGGUCGCUAGAAAGAGAGGAAGACUUGGGAAGGGAGGUGUACCAAAUAUUAGCAGCGCUGCCACAACAGUUAUCACCGAUUGGAGAGAUGGAAGAAUCCAAGGAUGGAUGGAUGCUCCUAUAUUGGCUAUUGCACCCGAGAAGAUCGCCGGUGCUCCUGUGGGAGAGGACGUUAAGGGUGACCAGAAGGAGAUCGUUAAGGAAUGGGCCGAAGAGUUUAAGUUGGAGGGAUUAUGGGGAGAUAGUUCUUCAAAGGAUGAGGUUAUGGAGGAAUAG